GUAAGGUAAAUUAUCACGAGCAUAAGGCCGCAUCACAUGUGAUGAUAAACCAAAUGCCUCGUCUCCCACUAUCACGAACGGCAACUUUGCUCUUACACUAGAUGGAUAAGCUACUUCGGGGCAAAUAAUAGGCAACUCUUGCGGGUCAGGGAUACCCAACGUGUUACUUUCCAGUUUCGUAUACAAAUGACUCCUUCUAAAGAUGGUUGAAUCGGCGUUACUUCCACUGGUACCGACAUUAAUAUAUGUAAAAUUAUAAUCAGCAUCACACAUUGCGAGGAGCACUACAGAAUAAUAUUUCUUAUAAUUAAAAUAUAGUGAUCCACUGUGCGGCGGUCGAAUCACUCUUAUAUGUUUUCCAUCAAUAGCACCCAAGCAAUUAGGAAAAUUUGUAUAUGUGAGAAAUCCCUCUGCGAUUUCUUUCCAUUUGAUCCCAUUAAGCUGUGGAAUACAUUCAGACUUUAGUUCAAUCCAUAUUAUGUAACAAACUUGUCUUACUAUUUCGCUAAUUGUUGCAAUUCCAAUCACGUAGGAAUAGUGUAGAUCAGUGAAUGUAUUACCAGUUGCCAAAUAUCUGAAAACAAAAACAAUAUAUUAAUAAUAUUAUGAUUAUAUAAUAUAUUAAUAAUGCUGACAUCAGACAUAAGACGGCAUGCACCGCUCGAAUUUUACUUCAGAAGAAAAAUAAAUACCCUUAAGGUGAAAGGGCACGGAAGUAGCUAGCGCUAGAAGUUUUUAAUUCGUUUUAACUACAGUACUGUAGCUACGUUAGAUUUCUAUCAUUUGCCGAAAAUUUUAUCAUAGGGGGGUAUUUAUGCAGUUAUGAUUUCAUAUGAAAUGUUCGAAGUAUAGUUAUGUAUCUCAUAUCUGCUAAAAGUGGCCACUUUUAGCAGAUUUGAGAUACAUAACUGUGCUGUUAAUAUUUUAUAAGAAAUCUCCUCUGUAUAAAUUAACCCCUAUGGUAAAAUUUCCGACAAAUGAAAGGAAUCUAAUGAAGCUAAUUUUUGUUAAAACAAAUUAAAAACUUACAGCGCUAGUGACUUCCGGAAGUUUUCACCUUAAUAUUGAUGAUGGCAAAUUUUAUUGGUACUGGUUUUGGGUAACUUGAUCUGAAACUGUGUGUACUUUUGCCAACUACUUAUUAUAUUUUGUCAUUUCAGACAAGAAAAUACAACAACGCUGGCGAACAGCAAGGGACACUUACCAGAAAGACAAGAUAUCUGAAAAAAAUCAGCCAUCCGGCUCUGGGAGUAAGAAGAAGAAGAAAUAUUCUUACUAUGACAUUUUGACUUUCUUAGACAGUACAACGGAAACUGCCGGAGAAGAGUCACUCUGUGAAGAAAUGUCUGAACAAAGUAAUUUAGAAACACCUAAUGAGUCCACGCAACUAGGUACUUCACGUCAAGAAAGUUCUCAACUAACAUCACAACGUAAUUUAGAAACACGUAAUGAGUCCACGCAACCAGGUACUUCACGUCAAGAAAGUUCUCACCCAACAUUAAAACAAAAACAAGUAAAAUCUAAAAAGCAAGCACCAUCCGAAUUUGAGGCACAGUUAUUAGAAUGCUUAAAGUCUAAGCAACUGGAGCUGGAAAGUGAGGAUUUGGCUUUCUUUCAGUCUCUGCAGCCUUCAUUAAAAAGAUUAACUAGAUAUCAAAAACUAAUGUUCAGAACAAAAGUGUUAAAUAUAGUUAUGGAAAUGGAAAGUCAAACACAACCUGCAUACUACAGCCCCAUACCUACAACAAGUUCUAGUGCUUUUACUGAGCUUGACAGUUUGUCACCGAUAAAUCAAGAUUACCAAACCAAUAGUAUAAUCCAGGAUACUUCCAGUCUUAACGACAAUGCUAUUAGUUCUGCUGCAGUGAAUGAUAAUGAAACUCUUAUUUCGACUGAAAGUCGCCUGUUUAAUAUCACGUCUUAUGACAUAAUUUAUAACCCAGCAACAACAUCAUCUACUGGCGAAAGUAAUGUCAACGCUCAGGAUACAAAUUUACAAAGAAAUGAAUGAUGUAAAAUUUGAUUUUUAAUUUAUGAAUAAAACUCUUUUUAUUAAAAUGAG